GGUGGAGGUGGAGGAGGUAGUAGCAGCGCUCCAGCCUGCGGUAGACUUAGCGCGGUUGAAUCGGCCUCCAGGGAAGCUUGAAGUGGUCUCAGCUGAGGCGGAGCUGGCAGAGCUCCACGCACUGUGACCAGAGCUUGAGGCAGCGGUAGGGCUACUGGAUGAGAGCACUAUGGGGCUUGAUGGGGCCGUGGUCGUGGCAGUAACCGUAAUGGUGCUUUUGGCCUUGGUCGUGGUGGCGGUCGCUGUGCUGGAUGAUCCCGCACCCGAUGUCGUGGAGGAUGAUGCAAAGCCAGGUUGGGAAGAAGUGGUAGAAGAAGUGGUAGAAGAAGUGGUAGAAGAAGUGGUAGAAGAAGUGGUAGAAGAAGUGGUAGAAGAAGUGGUAGAAGCAGUGGUAGAAGCGGUGGCAGAACCACUGGAGGAUCCCACACCCGAUGUCUUGGACGAUGCCACAGCGCUUGACGAUGCAAAGACGGGCGAGGAAGAAGCAGAAGUGGCACUAAAGACGGGCGAGGAAGAAGCAGAAGUGGCACUUGACGAUGUAAAGACGGGCGAGGAAGAAGCAGAAGUGGCACUGGACGAUCCUGCACCCCAGCUGGAUGAGGCAGCGGUAGAUGAUCCCACAGCGGGCGACGAAGAAGAUCCGGCGCCCGAGGAUGAGGCAGCAGUGGACGAUCCAACAACGGGCGUGGACGAGGACGAACCCGAAGAGGUGGCAGAACUGCUAGAAGUUCCCGCGCCCCAGGAAGACACCGCAGCAGUAGAUGAGCCAACAGCUGGCGAGGAUGAGCUGGAUGAUCCGAAAGCGGGCUUAGACGAGGUAGCCGAUGCACUUGAUGACCCGGCGCCCCAGGCAGAUGAGGGUGUGGCAGUGGCGAAGGCCGACGUCGAAGACAAUACUGCUUUGGUCGGCGAGACAGAAGCUGACGACGCGCCAGCAGGUGCCGACCAGGUCGAGGAAGCGACUGCAGGAGCUGAAGAAGAUGAGAGCCCAGCUGGCGCCGACGAAGUAGAGUAAGCAACCGAGGAGGACUUGCUUGAGGAGCCAGCUGGCCCAGCCGAGGAAGCGCCUGAGGCAGCAGAACUACCUUUACCUCCCUUGCUCCAGGCCGUAGUCGCGGUGCUUGAAGCGCCACCAGCCGGGACCCAUGUUCCAGAAGAGAGCGAGAAUGUCCCUGGUGAGCUCAGUCCAAAGGCAGCAUAUCCAGUAGAAGUUGGAGCAGCAGAUGUCACUGCCUUGUCGCCGCGAGGUUCGAGAGCACGAGCGGAGACACUGGUCUGCAGCGCAAGGGCGAGAAGGGCGAUCUUUGAGUGCAUCCUGAACAGAAGCGAAGGUCGGGGUGCGAGUGCGAGUGAGUGAGUAAAUAUAGAGUAGAUGUUCUUUGGUUCCCUUCUUAUAUAUUUCGGAGCACUGUCGCUAGG